GUGGAAGCUAGCAAGACUGCUAGCUUUCCGAGCACGUUAUUUUGAACUGUUUUAAAUGAAUUUUUACAUUUUUCGGUCUUUGUCGUAACUAUCGCCAGCAUCGGAUUUCAACUAAGCUUGAAUGAACAGAUGUGCAAAUAUAUUUUCGCAUUUUCUCGUGUGUUUCUAUUCAGCUCUGCUCAGAGUUAUGGUAGCUGUAGCUGGCUAGCUUGUUGUUAGCUGCGGAUAAAUCUGGUGCAGACAGGUUUUGCACUGCAGACACAGCUUCUCCUAUUUUGAAGUCAUUGUUCACGGGCGGAAAGUUGUAUCGUAUAAACCACUGUGAAGACCAUGCAGCUUCAUGACGUUGCUAAUAAUUUAACGUUAGUGCGAUUAGUCAUUGCUGUAAAUUAUGCUUUCGCAGCAUUAUGAAUUGCAACUAGCUACGUUGGAUCAUUAACAUAGUUUUUAGACUUAAAGCCAUCUGAAUGCAUUUUAUCUUAAAUGAUUCUAUCUGUUGUAUUGUGAAAGGUGUAUUUACCAGUUGCAUAGUGUAAUAACUUUAUUGACGAGGAGGCGAACAUUUGUUUGAAUCUACGAACAUGGAUAAGAAAUCGUUUGAUAUUGUCUUGGAUGAAAUAAGAAAGUGCGUCUUGACCGAUCAGCGGAUCAAGGCCAUAGAGCAGGUGCAUGGAUAUUUCUCCAGUGAGCAGGUGAUGGAGAUACUGAAGUACUUCUCAUGGGCAGAACCGCAGGUCAAAGCAGUUAAAGCUCUGCAGCAUAAAAUGGUUGCGAUCCCUACAACCAAAGUUGCAAAUAUCCUCAAUUGCUUCACCUUCUCAAAGGACAGACUGAUUGUCCUAGAACUAAUAGCUUUGAACAUUUCAGAUGCUCAGAAUUAUCGUCCUGUGGAGGAUCUCUUUCGCAUACACCUGUCUGAGAAGAAACGGGCUCGCAGGAUACUGGAGCAAGUGUGUAAGGUUGGCUGCAAGGCUCCUGUAGCCAUGAUCUCCUCCUGUGGUAUAAUACCAGGAAAUCCAUAUCCUAAAGGCAGACCCAGCCUGGUCAGUGGCACAUUCCCUGGAAUCCCUCCAUUAAAGAAGGAAGGUGAAAAGAAAGAGGACACAUCUAGCAAUACGGAGGGGAAAGGAAUUGCUUCUCGCAUUACUGGACCAUUCAAACCUUUCCCUUCAACCUACAACCCUCAUCGGCCUGUACCCUACCCUAUUCCACCGUGUCGACCUCAUGCUACCAUCGCACCAAGUUACGCCAAACCGGGCAAUCCGCAGAACACCACACCUGGAGUCAACAGCGGGCCUCUGCUCAUUCCUCAUGGGUCCACGCCUUCUACCCCUGUCCCACACCAGGCCUCUCCUGCCCAGCCGACCCCCACGACCCCUAUCACACCAGUUUUCCCCGGCAUGGUGCCCUCUCACAACCCCAAAGCCCCCUCGCCCUCCCCUGCUCCGUCCCCGUCUGUGAUCAAAGCAGGCCCACAGACCCCCAGUGGCCAUGCUACACCCACACCCUCAUCUGUCAUUAAAGCCCACACCCCUUCCGGCACCCCUUGUGGAACUCCUAUCCCCGGUAGCUUCUCCUCUUCCCCCUUCCAUGCCGUUUCCCGACCUGGUACCCCUGCUUCCUCCCGCAGUGGCCCAGACCUCUUAUCUCAGACGAACUCCAUGGGCCCAGCUCAGCAGAAGGUUUUUUCCACAGACCACCAGUCAGGACCCACCCUCCCUGGUAUGCAUCCACAAGCAGGUAACCCCUCUGGGUCAGUGAUCCGAAGCUACACCCCCUCUGGGCCACCAUCUCUCACUCCUGGAUCAUCCACUCCAGUUAUUCCGAGCUGUUCCACCCCAGGCCUCAGUCCCAAACCCUCCCCUGUUCAUUCUGCACAGGUCCAGGCUGCCAUGGCUGCGGCUGGAGUCCUGAACAGACACACUGGGGGUAGUAACAGUGGCAGUAGCAGCCCCAUUCCCUCUGCUUUCAAGGGCACCUCUCGCUCUGGCACGCCUUCUGUUAGCUCUCUGGUGGUGCCGGGUCCUGCGCAGGCCGCCCUGGCACGUUCCUUCGGCCUGUCACAUCCCUCAGGUUCUCCUCAAGUCUCUCUCUCUAGUCCUGUUGCUAUCACCGGCCUCCAAGCUCUGUCAUCCAGCCCAGCACCCACUCAUUAUCCUGGCUUGUCCCCCUUUCCCUCCCUCUCUUCCUCUCUCCCUCCUUCCACCAUCCCCGCAUCCAUGCCAGCAAUGCCUCCCACCAGCAACAUCUCUAACCAUCCACCAACCUCCAUCUACCAAGGCCUGGCUUCCAACGCCGCCGCCAGUGCGGCCUCCCCUUUCGGUCUGGGCCUCACCUCUGCCCCCUCUAUAUUCCCAGGCCUUCCACCUGGCCCUAGCCCCGCUGCCUUCCCAGGAUUAGGGGUUUCAGGAGGGCACAGUGCUGGGAGCCCUGUGUUGUCUUCUUUCAUGGGACUGACAGGGGCCACUCCAUCUUCAGUAGCAUCGGUGGCGCCGCUGCAGGCAGUAGCUGCCGCAGCAGCAGCCGCGGCUGGAGUUCCGUCAUCAUCGCCAGUUUUACCAGGCUUUGCAUCUGCUUUCAGCUCCAACUUCCAGCCAGGGUUGAGCAGUGGACUCCAGCCUCCAGGAAACAGCGGGUUUCCCGGUUUGCUGUCCUUCCCUGCUGUACCAGGCUUCUCUCCCUCUGCCUCCCCUGCUGCCCUUGGUGGCCUCCACAACCCAACCAUGCAGUCUGCCCUGCUGCAGGCUCAUCCCACAUCUGCCUUGGAGAGCUUUCCUCCUCAGCCCAACAGCUUCACAAACUACCCACCAGGCCCAGGAAACCCGUUCCCCCUCCAACCAGGCCUGCACCCCCAGUUGGGUUGGCAGUGAAAACUACAAUACACUCAGAAACACAGAUUACUCUUACACGCUGACGCCUGUCGCACACCCUGCCCCACCCCUCGGGCGGUCGAUGUGUUAUUUUUUUUGCCUUGAACCCUGAGGAGCACAAGGCAGAUUGGAGAGUUUCAGUAAUGCAUACGUUACAGCCAGAGUGACUUGCAAGGAACACUACUGAGAAAACAGCCGUAGUGUUCAGGGGUGAUGAUGUAUGUCUUAUAUAAUUCAUAGUUAACAGUUGUAAAUAUCAGUUGUCAAAGUUGUAGUUUUACAAGUAGACUGUGACUGGUUUUAAUGUUAGCGGGACUUGGCUGCUUUUAAUCAAGUUUAUCAACAUUUAUUAGUGAAUAAUGAAUUAUAGAAAAAUUGAAAAAUGUACAUGAUAUCAUGUAAUGACUUAACAGUAUCCUCAUGUAGUGUUUCAUGUCCAGUCUCAGUGGAAAGGACAUGCUUAUGAUACUGAUCAAUUGUCCUGAAUUGAAUAUUGUAUUCUGACAUGAAAUUUUUAGGUGACUUAUGGUAUAUUGAGUCGUGUGGCACAGUCGGGCACGCCAUGAAUAUUUUUAAUGCUCGUGCCGUGUCAGGAGUGGCCGUGUUGUACACAAAAACUUGCGUAUGGCCGUGCCACUCAUUUUUCUGUUGUUUUUAGUGAACACACACUUGUGGCUGUCGGCAGUUUACAUUUUUACAAAGUUCUUUUUGACAGAGGUCGCCCUGCUAGUACUGUUUUUACAGUAUUUGACCGAACGUACUGUAUGCAGAUGUUGCCGAGAACAACCUGAAGCGUUUAUUGAUACAGUUUGUGGACUGGAGAUGUGAAAUGUCUGUAUUCUCCAUGAAUGCUUUGCAACAUAGUGAAACUGGUGAUUUUAUUUCAUUUACUGUACACCUCAGUAUACUCAGAGACAGUUACUUUUUGAGAGUAAUAGACAUGUUUGUUACACUGUGUUGUUUUUGUCUGUUCUGCCCUUUUUUUGUAUUUGCACCUGUUUUAUUUUGUCAGUAAACUGCUGGUCGCUGUAGCCGUUGCUGUAUCUCUGUGUGCGAACCACGGCUAUCAGGAAAGCCUGUAAAAAAAAAUAUAUUUACUGAGGGUGGACAAAAUAUUGGAAACACUGCAUGGAAAAGAAUUUAAUGCAGCUUAGUGAGGACACUCACUGGACAUGCAGAUCCUACAGUUGGAGGGCAGCUGCUAUUUGCUUCCGAAGAGGUGUAGCAAUCACUUUUUUUAAAAUGAGUGUGCCGAGAUUAAAAGGGGUCUAACAGUCUGAUAAAUUGCACAUGCUGUAGUUUAAAAAAAUGUAAAGAAAAUGGUAAAAACGUGGUAAGGGGUUAAAAGUAACAGUUCAUGUCAAUUAAGGAUUUUCCAGGAUAGUUGUUAGCUAUUACAAGCUAAAGCCUCAGCAUGACCAGAUAAUCUGUGGUCACCAAAUACCUUCAUUGAUAUGCAAUUAUUAUUGUGUUACAUUGAAUUUACAGUCCAGUCAGUGCUCUGUAUGGUGCUUAUCAUAAGUACCUGUCAUAUUGCACAACACACAGGUGAUGCUAUCAUUGGUGUCAGUCAUAAGACCUCUGACGCCCAGUUAUGCUAUCUCAUGGGACAAUUAACCAUUUUAGCAAUUUUUUCCAUUCUAUUCAGACUUUGAUGGCUUGUUUCUGGUCGACCAAACCUAUUAAAUUAACAUCAGCAAUAUGAUGAAAAUUUAUAAAGAGUCUGCAGUUUCUUAAAAAUUUUAAACUGUGAUCAGUUUAAUUUCAAGGCCCAUUUAAUCUGACUUUAUGUAGUUUUGCUUUUUGUAAGAAUGUCAGUUUCUUCAUCUACAGAAUAGGACAUAUUCUUUCCCAAAGCCGAUCAAAUCCUUACAUUUUUUUGAUUUCUAUCAUUUCAGUGAGCAAUUUUAAUGUUUAUAUCACUAUUGAAUCCUUUACUGUGCUAUUUAUUGUAGAGGCAACUAGUGCCAGUAAUUUAAGAAUCAAGUUCGCUCGCACUACAGCAGGUGCAGGAACGGAAAUGUUGACUUCCUUUUCUUUUGAUCUGUCUAUGUUCUCAUGAAGUAUUAAUAACAGGUUGUAAAAAACAGUAUUGAAAAAAUGAAACGGAAGCUAAUAAACACAUCUUCACUGCCACUUCCAGA